UGUGAAUGUUUCUGCAUCAUCGAUGAAGUGAGCUCCAAGUUGAGCAACAUGUUCAAGAAGAAGAAGAAAGACAAACAAAAAACUCUUGAAGACAAAAAUCAAAAGAACAAAAAUGGCGCMAKWGGUAAAAUUGGUUCGAAUCAGCUUGAUCUAGAUGACGAUGUUGAUGGUUUYGACAAAAAUGGCUUCGUUGAUCUUCAACCGAUUGAGAGCGAUGCAACUGUUCUUGGUCCCAGACAGAAAUGCACGUACAUUGGAACUUUUGCUGUAGUAUCAGGAAUUGAUGGCCAGAAAACACUCAAAACUCACAAGGAAAGGACAACAUUUGUGAAAGACAGACUCUUUGACUACAGGGGCAAACAAAAUGGUGUUGAUGUUGUGCUCCAGAUAUCAUCAGAUGGAAUAAAAGUCUUCAAUGUUGAUGCAAGUAGAGUAAGAAUGGCGUAUCCAUUACAAAGAAUAUCCUUUGCAACUUGUGACCCAGACUUUUUCUUGUUUGCUUUUAUGACAUACAGCCCCACCCCGGACGGUGUGGCAGUUCAUGGACAUGUGUUUGUAGGGGGGUCAUCAAAGCAGGUUCAAGAUUUAACAGCCAUGAUUGGGAAAUCAUUCAAAAUGGCCUUUGCAUCAUCAAAGUUACAGAAACGUCAUGGAAUGAAUACUGGAGAUAUAGUUCCAAARCAGGAUAAACCAGUUAGAAGAUGGGCAAAACAUGAAAUAAACCGUGGRCAUGAACAYUCUGAGCAUGCCUCCUAUGCMAAGAAAAAAGUUUUGCAGACAACARSUAGCAACAGUUCAGGUAGCGGCACUGAUGGAAGUCCUGUUMUUGAGAGAAAGACACCAGCAGCUAAACCUGGAUGGAGGAAUGGUUCUCCUACUGUCACACCUCCCRCCCAACGCAAACACAAAGGACUUUCCCUGGGCAGCAGGUUUUCAGGAGACGAUGAUGCUUUUUGCGAUAGUGUCUCAGAAAUAUCAAUAUCCAGUACAAGUACAACAACAUGUGAAACACAGAGUACGGUAACAACAGAAACAAGUGUUUCUCAUCAGGAAGCUUCCAGUAAAUUGCCUUAUUCGACACAUAAAGAACUUGAUAUUUCRGCUCAUUAUGCUGGUGCACAAGACAAUGGAAAAGUGGAAACRAAUACAAUGGAGGAAGCCCCACCCAUCCCCCCUCGUACUCAUGUUGAWAGGGCAAUAUCAGGUCCUGUUGCUGCUGCAUCUUCUGCAGACAGUGGAGAGGRAGGUGCUUCUGGUGAUGCCACGGUAACUUUUGUAGGCAGUGAUGACAAURCAGAGGUGAAGAAAAGGUCAAACACUAUUGAUAGGCCAGUCACACACCAUGAUGAGUACUGGUAUAUGCCAGGAAUUCCAAGGGAGUUUAUACUAGAGAUGCUAGAGUCGUCAGAGGAUGGUUCAUUUUUUGUUCGUGAUAGUCAAAGUAGACCAGGUUGUCAUGCUCUAACAGUGCGAGUACCAAAAGAAUUCAUCCCRGAUGGAUAUGCUAACUACUUGAUUACAUCAGUACCAGAGGGAGUUAAACUCGAGGGAUUCAGCAAAGUAUUCCCWGACCUGAUGACACUUAUUGAACACUAUGCCUGUCAAGCUGAUGAAUUACCAUGUAGAUUAACCCUUGCUGGGUCUAAUAUGUUAUGUGACAGUGARGAACAGGAGUUCAGUUAUAUGGAACCUGUAGAUCCUGACUAUCAAAUGCUAUCAGACUUUCAUUCUAUGAUGGAUGAACUGAAAUCCUAACGUAUACAAAACACAAAUGAUUGCAUUGAAUUAAUAUUUAUAUCACAAUUUUGUAGGGCAACUAAAACAGUUGAAAUAAACUCAUGGCAAAGUAGGCUGCUCUUCGGCCAGUGUAUGAUGGGAUUGCAGGGCAGUAACGUCAUGAUUUGGAAACCAUUUUGAUUUUUUGUUCUCUUUUGAAUAAUAAACUUAAUACUUUAGCAA